AUGCAAGUCAGCUGUGUUAUGAAUUGCAAAAACAAGAGGGGUCCCUGUAGGGUUGAAUUUAUAACAAAAAAAUCAUUUAUUGCCUUGUAUGUCUUUGGUGGCCUACAGCGAGAUUAUCCCAUUACAAUUAUUAGGCAUGGGCCGUUAAUUAUAGCCUAUAUAUUGUUUUAAUAAAUUAAACUGAUAUGGUAACACGUUUUCAAUAUAGAACCCAGUCAAGCCUGACAGUGGGGGUUUCAAUACACUAAAGAUAUAGCGUUGUAAUAAUUGAGCCCCAGCAAUACUCCCAGCUGUUAACAUAAUGGAAUUCCAUUUGAAGGGCGCGCUACGUAGUUCCCUGGUAACAACGUGUGUUUUGAUUGCUUCGCCACUGGAAAGCGCAGCGGGUCAAACGGAGAAAGUGUUUGAAAAUGCCGAAAACGCCUAAGAAUGGAAAGAAAACUGGAGAUAACACAACUAAGAAAGAAUCCACUGGACUCGCAGAUAAAACACGUUCUGACGACGCGUUGUCUGAAUGCGGAAAAGAGUUUUACAGGGCACAGAUACGAGACUUGGAGGAGCAAUUAGAGAAAUAUCAGCAUAAAUGUGAUAAGCUCGAGGUGGAACAGAAGGACUUCUCCUCUCUCUACGAUACUCUUGAGGAGGAGAAGAAACAAAUUGUCCAUUACCUGAAACGGUCUCUGACCCAGGAGGAGGAGAUGGUGAAGGAUGUGACCGAGCGACUGGUCAGCCUGCAGCAAGCCAAGGACACCGAGAGGGAUGCCUUUGAGAUGCAGCUGGCCCAGAUGCGUCUGGAGUCCCAGGAAAACAAGGACAAGCUCACCUCAAAGAACAUGGUGCUUGCCAGUAAACUAGCGGCCCUAGAGGACUUCAGGGUGCAGAAGGAGGAGCUGACGGCCCAUAUGCAGUCCCUGGAGAUGGAGCUGGAGAAGAGGGAAGAAGAGCACCGCGUUGUCAUAUACAACCUGGAGAGGAAGGCAGUGCUGGACAUAGACAGGCUGAAGAAGGAGAUGCAACAGCGCGUGGCGGCCGUGGCGGCCGAGUUCCGCCGCGAGUCGGACAGGAAGAUGCCGGAGAUCACCAAGAGGGCCAUCCACGAGAACGUGUCGGUGAACGCCCAGAUCAGCCAGCUGUCGGACCGGAGCCGGAUGCUCCUGGAGGAGAACGAGACCCUGAGGCAGACAGAGAGAGAUCUCCGCCGGGAGAUGGGGAUCCUGGAGUCCGUGGUCAAUGACAUCACCCACAAGAACGUCAGCAACCAGAAGGUGAUCCAGCUGCUGACAGCAAAGUGUAGCCAGAUGAACUCAGAGCUGAUGGAGUAUGCCAAGGUGCAGCAGGAACACCAGCAACUGCAGCAAGACCACACCACCCUCCUGGCAGAGAUGAAGGUCCUCAGACAAGAGCAGAGGUCAGUGCUGGAGGUGUCCAGUAGGAGAGGGGCGGAGGCCGAGAGCUUGGCUGGGAGACUGGAACAAGAGAGGGCUGUGAGAGAACAGCUGGAGACCAUCCUACACGAGGCUGCCUUCGCCCUCAAAGACGCCCUGAUGGAGGUUCCCAAGGAGGAGGACUCUGAGGUGAAGACUCUGGUCAGGAGGAACCAGAUGAUGCAGAAGCUUCUGGCGGUGCUGGAUGGGGCCGCUCGGCUGGGAAGGGGCCCUACCAUGAAGGACUUCAUCCCAGAGGGAGAGGCCCUCCAUGAGCUCAAGACUGGACCCAACCUGGAGAGAACCGCACAUCUUGGUCCACUCUUCAAGACCCCUGUUAUGCUGUCUCACUUCAAGACAGGAUAUCUGGGUCUCGUACCAUGCAGAACGCACUACAAGACCAUCCUGUCCAAGAUGGGCCCUGCCUCCAAGAACAGGUGCCCUCAGUUACACAGGACACCACAGAAGAAGACCAGCCCGUCUAAACCAUGUGGCCCAGAGAUCCUCAGCCCCCAGCCGGCUGACCCUGCCAGGGACGUCCUCCCUUCCUCUCACAGCCAAUCCAGAGUAAACCCCUCUCCUAAUAUAGGCAGCACUACAGCUCAGGGUUCCACAUCACGUUAAGCCCUAAAUGGAGCUCAUAAGGACGUCGUUUACAGGCAAUAAAUGUUCAAUUUCUUUUUGUAUGCUUGGGGACUUUUUGGGUGCGCGUAUGAAUGGGGUUUGUUAUGCAGCCACUAGGGGGCAGCAUCAGCUAUCUGUAUGCUAGGAGUGUGCUCAAAUACUGGAGACACCUGAGUUCACUCGAGGCAGACAGCAAAUUAUACAAUGACAAUUUGGGAGGUCAACUUUUUUCCCGUAAAAUAGAGGGAAUCCAGUGCAGCUCAGGCAUGUGCUUGAGUGACCUAAAGUCUUAAAAUCCCUAUGAUAUCUUGCUUGUUUAAGGUGAUGUCUGCAGUCUUUAGAUCAUUAUUAAAAACCAUUACACUGGC